UCCUCCUUUCACCAUCAGCAGAAUGGCCAUAUAUGGUCUACUUGUCCAGGACAGCAAAUAAAUGGUGAUAUAAUAAAAGGGCUGGCUUUGUGUCAUUUAGUGAAAGGAAGUUGGGCAAAGUGAAGUUCUACAAAUUAUAAUGCUACAGAAAGAAGCCUAAAGGGAAGGAACAAGUCAUUUUGUUUCAAACUUCAGACAGGAAAUUUGAUAUGCAGAACAACUUACAUUUUGGCUUGUAAAUGUUGAUCAUGGGGUGAUCCAGAAAUAAACUCCAGACUUCAAAGCAGGAGAAAGUUCAAAGCUGCUCUGCAUUUUAUCAACACAGAGAGACAGGAGAGCAAUGCAUCCAAAAGGGAAUAUUCUGAUUUAAUAGUCCAUGAAAAAAUACUUCUGCAGUAAACAACUUUCUACAAAUUACAAGGCAGGACAAGAAGCAAUGAAUGGAAACUAAUCAAGGAAAGAACUGACGUAGAACUAAGGACUAGAAGACCUCCAAGGGUUAUUUUUAACCAUCCCUUCUGACUUACAAGAAAGUGGAAAAUGACAACGCAAGUGACCGUAGCAAGAGCAGGUACAAUUGGACAUGAGGAAUACAGCCUGUACAGCAGCAUGAGUGAGGAGGAACUUAUUGCGAUGGCCAUUGAGCAGAGCUUGACAGAGGACCCUGCUGAGCAAAUAGCUGCACAGAAGACAGUUACCGCUGCACCACCUCCCCGUGAACCCUACUGUCAGAACUUCUACCUUUAUCCUUGGGAAAGGCGUGCUGCACAGUCCGGAGGCCAGACUUCAGCAUCCGGUUCAGGAGUCAGACAGAGGUAUGAUGGCAGCUUCUUCAUUUUACCCCAGGCUGAAGUGCUGGAUCCUGUGAUCCAGGUGAUCAAGGAAGGAGAUGAAACAGCAUUGCAAAACAUGAUACAGGCAGGAAAAAACCUUGGACAGCCUAACAAAGAUGGAUGGUUGCCACUCCAUGAAGCUGCUUAUUAUGGACAAGAGAGCUGCUUGAAACUGCUGCAUAGAUCUUUCCCUGGGACAAUUGAUCAACGUACACUUCAGGAAGAAACAGCACUCUAUUUAGCAACAAACAGAGGGAAUAUUGAUUGCAUGCGUUCAUUGCUCCAGGCUGGAGCAGAACCUGAUAUUGCAAACAAAGCCAGGGAGACCCCACUUUAUAAGGCCUGUGAACGCAAAAAUUCUGAAGCUGUGCAGAUGUUAUUGCAGUACAAUGCUGAUGUGAACCAUCGCUGCAAUCGUGGAUGGACAGCGCUUCAUGAAGCUGUUGCUCGAAAUGAUUUAGAAAUAAUAGAACUUUUAGUUCAAGGAGGUGCCAAGGUUGAAUCUGCAAACUGUUAUGGAAUUAGCUCUUUAUUUGUAGCAGCUGAGAGUGGCCACUUAGAAGCCUUGAGAUACCUGGCGAAAUGUGGUGCUGAUAUCAAUACCCAAGCUAGUGACAAAGCUUCAGCUCUCUAUGAAGCUUCUAAAAAUGGACAUGAGAAGAUUGUGGAAUUUCUCUUGUCUCAAGGUGCUGAUGCUAACAAAACCAAUAAGGAUGGGUUCUUACCAAUUCAUAUGGCCUCCAAAAAAGGCUAUUAUGAGAUUGUGAAAAUGCUACUCCCAGUAACAAGUCGUACUCGCAUCAAGCGUAGUGGCAUCAGCCCUCUACAUUUGGCAGCUGAGCGCAACCAUGAUGAUGUCAUGGAAGAGCUGAUUGAUGCUGGCUUUGAUGUAAAUGCCACCCUUUCUUUUGAGCGUUCCCGACUCUAUGAGGAUAGGCGCACCAGUGUUCUCUAUUUUUCAGUCUUCAACAACAAUGUAUAUGCCACUGAGCUGCUGCUCGAGGCUGGCGCUGAUCCCAAUGUUGACCUGAUCAAUCCAUUGCUCAUCUCCAUCCGCCAUGGAUGUUUGAAGACAAUGAAACUGCUUCUUGAUUAUGGAGCUAACAUUAAUGCCUACGUUGCCUCUCACCCUACAACUUUUCCUGCUACUGUAAUGUUUUCAAUGAAGUAUCUUGCCCUGCUGAAAUUUUUGAUGGACAUGGGCUGCGAUGCCAACUCUUGCUUUACGUGUUGUUAUGGGUGUGGCCCACAUCCUCCUAUUGAUAUUAGGAGGGAAAGGUAUAAUGAACCUGCAGUGAAUAAUGAGAACAAAAUUGUACAGUUUUGUGAAAUGGUUUCAACCCCAGAGAUGAGUCGUUGGGCAGGACCUAUUAUAGAUGUUCUUUUGGAUUAUGUGGGCAACGUGCAGCUUUGUUCCCGGUUGAAGGAACACAUUGACAGUUAUGAAGAUUGGUCCAACAUUAAAGUAAAAGCAGAGCCACCAAGGCCACUUGCACAUCUUUGUCGAAUCAAAAUUCGAAUUGUGAUAGGAAAAAACCGUCUUUCACUUAUUGAGACUUUACCUUUGCCAAGAAGACUAAUUCACUAUUUACAAUAUGAUUAUUCCCAGUGAUCUCAAGUGAGCCUGACAGUCAACCAUUACAUGGAGUGAUAAUCAUAUGUAUUAUAGAGCGAGCUGCCAUGAUGGAAACAGACUGAUAUGAUGGAACAGAAAACUUGUUUUGAUAUGUAAGAAGAAAAAAAUAAGGAUUUCUGCAAGUUAAAUCUCCGAACAAAUGCAACAGCAUUUAGAGUAUGGGAAAGAGCUGAAAAAAUGAGAAUAAAGCACUCUGCAAAUAGUGAAAGGGAUAUUAUGCUAUUUUACACUCUCAGUAGCUCAACAUUUAGUACAAAAUGCAGGCAGGGUAAAAUGUAGAUUAUAAUCUACCAAUAAAUCUCCAGGUGAUCUGCAUGUCACCAAGAACUUCCAAUUCUCCCUGGUUUAAUGGUGGCGACAGAAAACCUUUUUCCUCCUUAAUUAAACUGCUAAAAUAAAUGUUUAAAAGCUUGAAAGAAAAUAGGAGGUUUUUAUGAUGUGAAAGAACAUAAGCACAAACUCCAGUUCUACUACCAAAAAGAAAUUCCUGAUCUGGGCAUGUGUCCAGUAGUUCUAAAUCUGCCUUCUUAAGCUGUUAUUUUGUACUUGAUUCUGGUUGACGGACCUCACAAUUCUAGUGAAAAAUAAAUAUGCAUAUUGUAAGCCUAAAUUAUUCAUAACCAGAUAUAAGGAAGAGGUAGCAAAAAUUGUAUCUCUCCAUAUAGGUAAAUGCAAUGAAUUAUGCAGGUGAUCACACUGUAAUCAUUCAUAGUGACAUCAAUCAAUUCUUUUUCGGUUGAUGCAAUUAUAAAUAUUGCUGCCAACUGUAUAGUAUGCUGGAUUUUGUGUCUGUUGACCUAACUGAUGAUUUUGUUAAUAGGCAUUAGCAAGUUUACUCAUUCAUAUGGAUAACAAAUAUAUUUUGUCAAUAGUCAUGUAACAAAACCAUCUUGAUGCAAUGCAAAGGUGAAAAGAAGUCCAAUAAUGGUUAAAUCAGCAUAACAUUUCAGUUUUGGGAUUGUAUUUUAUUUUACUUCAGUUUGCUGAACUUGCUAAUGUUUGGCUGUUCUAUUCUACGUCAUCAUAGUUUCAUGUUUUCCCAUCUAAUUUAACAUGUAUUAGCCAUUUAUUCUUAUUUAAAAAAAACAUUUAAUAUUAUUUUCUUGUUCCUGGUUAAGUAAUUUUGCAAAUACUGCACUUCAAGAAAUGAAAGAUAUUGAAGAAUUUAAUUUACAGGAAAUAAGAACACAACAUUUAACUCAGAUGUAUAGAUCUGUAUCAUAUUAUAUAAAUAUAUGUACAUACAUUAGUUAUGAGGAUUAAUGUGACUGAAACCCAUAGUAUUUAACAUUAUUUUAGCAGCAUUGAAGGAGAGAGUAGAUUCAAAUCCUGUGUUGCUUCAGAAAGACUUCAGGAGAAAAUUCUUGAUCUGCUAUUGAUGAAAAACAAUAAUAGUGAGUUGUAUCAUUGCAAAGCCACUAGGUUAAUUUCAGAAUAAGUAAUUUAGUUUAACAGGGUUAUGAACUGAAAAUCUUAUUGCUUAAUUAGAUUAUGUAUAACAAUUUAGGCUUUCAUUAGAAUAGUCUUAAUGGCCAAUGAUCUAUAUGUAAGCAAUUACUUAGCAGCACUAUAGUUUUUAAAUAAAACUCUUGUUUGGUGGCAUUGCAUACUUUUAGAGAAAUAAUUUAGUGUCAUUAAGUUAUUAGAAGAAAAAUUUAUCCUCAUGGAUGUUGUAUUGUAGAUACCUUAAAUUGACAUCCUCUUAACACUUAAUACUUCCAUAAGAAAGUAUUCAUCUUUCUAAUUCAGAUCAUCUUUAUGGGUCUCUGAAGUAUAUAUAAAAAGUGCUUCAAUUGAUAUAAUUCAUGUUUGCUUUAUAAGUGUGAUAACAAAGAAGCUUAACGUUAAUUCAAAGAGAUUUAAGCAGAGUUCAUUAUAUGCAUUUCAAGAGUACUUUGCAGAAAUGUCUGAAAUAAACUGUAGGACACUUUGGAGAUAUAUAUAACUGGCUUAAUAUUCAUAAUAUUGCAGUUCCAUGAAUAACUUUUUUUUAAAAAAAGUUUUUUAAAAAAACUUUGAAUUGUUUUAAUAUGACAUAGUUGAGAAUAGCACCAAUUCAAAAAAAUAUACAUUUCUAUAUUUUCUACAAACUGAGAAAUCUAAUUGAUUCACUCUUUUUAGGGAAAAGUUCAUAUAUCCAGUAUAUUGGAGAAAAAGAAGCAUUAAAAAGGCUUCCUAGUUUUUCUCAUUAGACAUACAGAGAUAAAUUGUCAAUUUGAAUUCCUCACUCACAUAACCAGGAUUAACUCCAAUGGAUGCCAUAGAAUGAGGAGGAAAUUAUCCAUUAAAUGUCCCUUUGAGAAUUGCCCUUUCACUUCAUUAUUUCUUGCCAUUUACAGAAAGAUUUUCAAGAAAUCUGCUUGGCUGGGUUUACAUAGAUCUAUUAGCUGAGUAAUACCUUAAUACUGGUUUAACAUGUAAAAUAAUAAGAAUUAUCUACUCAGUUUUCUAUAUACUAGCCUGCUCCAGAGAAAUUACAAGUAUAAUGGUGGAUAUGUAGCUUUCUACUGCUCCAGUGAUUUUGUGAUUUUUUUAAAUUCACCAGUUUUAUCAAAUCUGUACAAAUUCUGUUGUUUUAUACAAGUACAAAAUAUUAUUGUAAAUCUUAAAGUUAAGAAUAUUUAGGACUUAAAAAUAAGCUUCAUAGUUCCAUGCUUUACCUGAUAGUGUUGAAGACAGAAAGAACCUGUUAUUGUGCUCUAUAUCAUAUAUAAAGAACAUUUUAGGAUUUUUGCAGAUUGUCGUAUUAACAUUAUCUGUUUGAUCUAUUAUUUUAUAAAUGUGUGCCUAAACAAGAUUGCAAUGUAUUUUUGAAAUUUUUGUUAUGUUAACAAUAGUUUUUUUUUAAACAACUGGAGAUUAAUGUGGGAGGGAUCAGUGAACCAAUAUUUUAAAAGCACUGUGUUUUUAGGUGGCGUUGUUUGCAUUAAAUUUGAGUAAAAUUAA